AUGGUGCCUACGCUGCCUACGCUGCCUACGCUGCCUACGCUGCCUACGCUGCCUACGCUGCCUACGCUGCCUACGCUGCCUACGCUGCCUACGCUGCCUACGGUGCUUAGAGUAACUAUGCUGCCUACGAUGCCUACGCUGCCUACACUGCCUACGCUGCCUAGAGUAACUAUGCUGCCUACGAUGCCUACGCUGCCUACGCUGCCUACGAUGCCUACGCUGCCUACGCUGCCUACGCUGCCUACGCUGCCUACGUCGCCUACGCUGCCUACGCUGCCUACGAUGCCUACGCUGCCUACGCUGCCUAUGAGGACUCUGAGCGGCCCAGUUCCUGAUUUUCGCAUCAGGGCAGAAUUCGAAGACGUCAAGGCUCUCGAAACUCGCAAUUCGGACAAGCCUCGAGGAGGCACGAGCGAGGGAGAGGACCUUGAAGCCUGGAUCUGUGCUAGGUCGGAGAGCGAUGAGGUGCAAUACGGAAGCUGCACGCGAGAAGGACAGGAGCAACGUUUCCACGAAUUGAAGGCCGUUCUGGAGGACACCGAACGCCAGCUCAAGGAUGUGCAGGCAAGCGUGGAUACCUCAGUGCUGGCAGGACCUCCCAAAUUAGCUUCGAGCAACGAUUGGAAAGUUCGGAACAACUCGUCGCACAGACAACAGUCCCGAGAGCUUGUCUCUGAUUGGUUCUACGUUCGGUGCUUCUUGAGUGCUUCUUUGAAGAAGAUCCGACAGGCGCUCACGCGAGGUGAAUCGAUGCACGCACAGCCAAUAGGAGGGCCUCAAGCGGAGGUCGUCGAAGACGGCUACGAAUUCUUCGCGAAGCGCCAUCUCGUCACUCUGUUCUCGGCCCCUAAUUAUUGCGGAGAGUUCGAUAAUGCAGGUGCUAUGGUAAGCGUAGACGAGACUCUACUGUGCUCCUUCCAGAUAUUGAAACCGGCCGGAAGAAAGCCAAAUACGCCAAAUACCCUUACGGCGGUAUGA